ACAGCGCUUGGCCUAUCGGUAAGAAUUCUUGCCUAUGCGAUCCCCUGCUUAAAACGCUUUAAGUGUGCGACGGGAGGACACUCAGCACGUCGUGUCGCAUUUAGGUCCACGCAAACGGACUGGAAGCAGCAGAACAGCGAGUGAGGAUAAGAAGUAAGGCAUCUCGACCCCCACUAACCCUUUCUACACAAAGAGAAGAAAGUCAUCAAGAACGAGAUGUUAACAGAAGUGUUACUUGGAAUAUUGUUAAUACUCCUGUUAUGGAAAGCCAUUCUCAAGAAGCCAGCUGGUUUGCCUCCUGGUCGCUGGGGAUUACCUUUGAUAGGAUACAUUCCCUUAACGAGGAAGUCGAUGGAGGAACAGCUUGAUGAUUUGAAUAAGGAACACGGCGACAUUUACGUAUGGAGAAUGGGAACGCAGGUGAUGGUGUUCCUCCAUAGCUACGAGAUGUGCAAAGAGGCUUUUGCGAGGCAGGAAUUCACGCACCGGCCCGACUGGUUGUUCUUCAAUCCUAGUAAUGAGAAAGUGGCGUUAGGCGUGGGCGGUAGCAACGGCCCCCACUGGCAUACCAACCGGCGCUUCACCCUCCGUCAGCUGAAGAACCAGGGGAUGGGGAAAUCCACGCUGGUGUCGGGCAUUCACGAACAGGCGAACAUGCUGAUUGGGAAGUUUCAGGAGCAGGCCGGGAAGAGCGCGGCUGUUCCGUACGCCAUUAGGGUGGCUGUGGUGAAUGUCAUUUGGCAUAUGGUGGCGAGCAUUACCUACGACGUGGACGACCCAAAACUCAAGGAAUUCAUGCAGCUGAUGGACGACUUCGGAGAGAUGACCUACUACAGCACUUUCCUCGAUAUCUUCCCUUGGCUUCGUAAUAUCCCGGCCUUUUUAAAGAACCGGCUCUUUGCCUUGGACCAAGUCGAGAUUACCGACCAGAAGUUCAUGAAUUACUUCUACGAAGUUAUUAAAGAGCACAAGAGCUCCCUGGACCCCGAGAACCCACGCGAUCUCAUAGACAGUUACCUGCUGGACACGGAAGGGAUGGAGCAAGAAGAAGUCAUCCGUAGUGACAAGGACUUGGCUCUCCUGAUCUUCGACCUCUUCUUCGCCGGGAGCGAGACGACCUACAGCACCCUCACCUUCGCCAUGUACUACCUCGCCGCCUUUCCGGAGGCUCAGCGGAAACUGCAGGAGGAAAUCGACCGCGCUCUACCCGGCGACGUCCUGCCCACCCUGGAGGACAGGGCGAGUCUACCAUAUCUCGAGGCUGUUCUUCACGAAGUCCUCCGUAUGACGUCGCUCGUCCCUGGCGGAGUUCAACACUGCGCCAGCAGAGACACGCACUUUGCAGGAUAUACCAUUCCCAAGGGCUCGAUCAUCAACACCGCAGCUGCCUCGAUCCACUACGACUCGAGAUAUUGGGACCGUCCUGAGAGCUUCUUCCCGGAGCGCUGGUUAGACGAGGAAGGGAAAUUCUGCGCCAAGAAGGAGGGGUUUCUUCCCUUCGGCGUUGGUAAGCGUGUCUGUCUGGGCGAGUCUCUGGCACGCAUGGAGCUCUUCAUUUUAGCCGUGGCGGUGUUCAAGAACUUCACCAUUUCGCCUCCUCCGGGUACUCCGUCAACCAGACGAUCCACCCAGCCCGACCCAGCCGAUGUUCCACGUGCCAAGGAAGUUAGAAUAUUACGUAACUUGCGAGUAAGGAAAUUGAAGAUGAAGAUAGAGGAAGCGUGUAUGACAAUAUGGAUAAUGGUUGAAGAUUUGAGGAUGAAGAAAAUAGAGGAACCGGAAACGGUUGAAUUGUUUGAGGAUGAAGAUAGUUUAUUAUUUGAUAAGUACUUCGUGAGAAAGGAAGCUGUCGUGAUGGGAAAGUUGGUUGAAGAUUUGUAA